GUGCCCAGUGGCCCCCCGUGCCUGGCGAGCCCCCCGUGGGGCAGAAGGGAGCCGUGGGUGCCCCCAGCUCCCCCGCCCCAGGUACAGGAGGGUGUCGGGGUGCCCGGCUGUGCCCGGCACACGAGGCUGGUUUUUGGGAUGCUCUACCCGGCCUACGCGUCCUACAAGGCUGUGAAGGCCAAAAACAUCCGGGAAUACGUCCGCUGGAUGAUGUACUGGAUCGUCUUCGCACUCUUCAUGGCCACGGAGACCUUCACUGACCUCCUCAUCUCCUGGUUCCCGUUCUACUACGAGGUGAAGAUGGCCUUUGUGCUCUGGCUGCUGUCCCCGUACACGCGGGGGGCCAGCCUGCUCUACCGCCGCUUCGUGCACCCCACGCUGGCCCGCAAGGAGAAGGUGAGGGCUCCUGGCAUUUUGGGGGGGUCCCCUGUGCCCAUCCUGGGCAGGGUCAGCCCCCUGAGCUGGGCUGGCAGUGCCCCAGCGAGGUGGCAAUGCCCAGGGAGGUUGUGA